GGCUAAAGGGCCUGCUGAUAGACGCAAAAAGCUGGAGUAACUCAACGGGUCAGACAGCAUCUCUGGAGAAAAGGAAUAGGUGAAGUUUCGGGUCGAGACCCGACCGAGAGCCAGGAGAAAGGGGAAUGAGAGAUAUAGACGGUGAUAUAGAGAGAAAUAGAACAAAUGAUUGAAAGAUAUGCAAAAAAGCAACAAUGGUAAAGGAGACGGGUCAUUGUUAGCUGUGGGUUAGGUAUAACGAGUUACAGACUAUGAGACCCAACAAGACGACUGUUCUUAUGCUGCAUUGUCGUACGUUCUAUAUAGGAAGAAUGCUGUGUGGUGCUCCCCUUAUGUCUGGUUUUGAAGGUGCUCUCGUCUAUAGCACCUCAGGGCAGCUGCAUAAACACUUGCUGGGAGGUGAGUGAUAACAUGUGGGAGGUCUAUCCAGUGCUGUUCACUGUGCGCUGGUCCCAACCCCUCCUUAUCCCAACAUUUUGCCCUUGUCGAGUCCCAGGGCAUGAGUGGCCCCCUCCACUACAAGCUGCAUGCUGAUACGAUACGAUAUUUCUUUAUUGUCAGAACAAAGUCUGAAAUUUGUUUUGCAUCGCAGCAGCUCCAUUUACAGCAUCACAUAAAAGAUAAAAGAGACUUGAAAAGUCAUGCAUUAAGACAUCAAGACAGGACCCAAAAAUACAUACAUUCAACACAACAUUACAAUAACAGAAGACAACAUUUGAGGCCCAUCAGCGUGCAUUUGAUCUGGGAUUAAGCACCGUAUUUAGUUCGAGGAUUGAGUGGUGCACAAAAGAGUGCUUCAGUCUAACCUUGUUACAUUUUGGAACCCUAUAUCUCCGGUUUGAUGGUAACAAAUUGUAUUCCCUGUUCAGAAUGUGGUUGGGGUCAGAAUAUUGUUGGCCAUCCUUAGUAUGGCUUUAUGGUAGGAUGAUUCAUACAAUUUCUGAAGUGGUUGACCUACAAUCUUUGAGCAGAUUUUUAUUAUUUGGAGCAGUUUUGAUCUUGUAGUAGCAGACAAACUCUUGUACCAUGUAAUCUUGCAAAACACUCAUUAUCACACUCAUGAUCAAGGAAUUGCCGUUCACAUUCUGCAUCCUUGACAUGAUUUGGACUAAAAGGCUGGGAUAACCACUUGUCACGGUUUCCUUUACCCUGAUUAGUGAAAGCGGGCUGGCAGCUGUCGUGUGUGGGACGUUGAUGCUUCAUUGCAGACUCUUUUGCUGCCAUAUCAUGUUUCGUUUUAGUUUAGUUUAGAGAUGCAACAUGAAAACUGACCCUUCACCCCACCGAGUCCACACCGACCGUCGAUCACCCUGUCGACUGGUUCUAUUUAUCCAAAUUACGCAUCUUACACACCAAGGGGCAACUUAAGAUGUCAAUCAAUCCACAAACCUGUACGUCUUUGAAAUGUGGGAAGAAACUGGAGGAGAAGGAGGAAACCCAUUUGGUCACUGGGAGAAUGUGCAAACUCCACACAGAGAGCACCUGUAGUCAGGAUCGAGCCCAGGUCUCUGGCGCUGUGAAGCAAUAGCUCUUCUGCUGCGCCACUGUUCUGCCCUGCAGCCUCUUUGUUGCAUUGUCAACCUCUGCAUGAUAUGUUCCGAGUUUCUCUGUAUGAUCAGCAAAGUUUGUUGGCUGGCACUUUAAGUUACAAUUUCUACCUGAAAUGGAGGAAAUCAUGAGCCAUGAGACUUGUGAUGUCACCAUGUGAUAGGGGUGGCACAAUGGCAUAGCAGUAGAGCUGCUGCCUUACAGCGUCACAGACCCAGGUUUGAUCCUGAAUGCGGGUGCUGUCAGUACGGAGUUUGCAUAUUCUCCCUGUGACCGCGUGGGUUUUUUCCAGGUGCUCCGGUUUCCUUCCACAGUCCAAAGAUGUGCAGAUUUGUAGGUUAAUUGCCUUUGGUAAAGUGGUGAAUGAUCCAUAAAGAUUACUUAAGUAUUUAUGGUGUAUGGAACGAGCUGGUGGUGGAGAAAGUUGAAGCCGAUAUUACCACAACAUUUAAGAAACAUUUGGACAGGUACAUGGAUAAAAUAGGUUUAGAGCGAUAUGGGCCAAACGCAGGCAAGUGUGACUAGUGUAGAUAGGACAUGUUGGUCGGUGUGCGCAGGUUGGGCUGAAGGGCCUGAUUCCACACCAUAUGACUAUGGUUUUCCCUAAGUUGUUUAUUGUUAGGGAAAAUGCUUAGGUUUUUAAGCAUUUUCCCUAACUUUUAAGCAUUUCUCCACAUCUGCCUAAAAUGUUGUACUUAAGCCGUGACUACUUGUGGUAAUGUAUUCCAUCAACAAUUCUGAAACUAGUUGUCCUCUUCCCAACAGUUGUUAUUCCUGUGUGAGAUUCCAAAAGCCAUUCACCCAUUUGUGACCUGACAGUGAUAUCUUAUUCCUGGCUAUCGGUAACUAUGCCCGAGUGGCUUCAGCUGCUUCUUUCCUUUGAUCAUGCUGUCGCUCUUGAAUGGGGGGGGGAAGGGAAGAGAAGCUGGUGAACAGGGAAGAACUUAACUUUCCCUUGAUUUCUCACUUCAGCAAUUAGCACGGGAUGAAAUUGAGAAGUCGCUAUGUCGGCUGGCAUGCAACACAACAGCCAAAACAUUAUAUUUAUGUGCUGCAAACUUGUGUGCAAAAUACAAGUUAACACCCCUCCCUUUACAUUGACGUAACUGGGAUUUAAUUUUGAUCUUUUGGUUACUGCUAGAGUUUCCCAACGGGAAGAGGCAACGAAAAAUAACUGUGAUAAGAAGGAACCGCAGAUGCUGGUUUACACCAAAGCUGGGUGCAAAGUGCUGCAAGCAUCUCUGGAGAAAAUGGAUAAGUGACAUUUUGGGUCAGCAUCCUUCUUCAGACAUAAACAUAACAGAGCAACAGGAAGACACUGGAAAAUGAAAAUAAAAUUGUUGUCAAACAAAUUCUGCAGGGGACUGUUAAUCAUUUUUAAUGUUGCAUUUUAUGUGCAAAUUGGUCUUAUUAAUAGCAAUAUUAUUACGUUUGUUGUCAAAACAUGAAGAAAGGUGACAAUUUCAAUAAAUGUAAUUGUACCAUCUGAAAAUUAUAGGAUUUUUUGGAAUUUGAGGGAAUUUGAGCUUUUCUGCUGUUUAACCGUUGUUCCGUAUCUCGUUUCAACUUUGGUCCUAUGUCCCUGACCUAAAAUCAUCCACGGAGGAGGCAAGUUGAUAGACCUUCUUCCAGUUCCACUCUUGAACUGGCAUCGGUUGGUUACCUGGAGGUGUGCACCAGGUACAGACCAGGUGGUCAUCCCUUUGAUUGCCUACUUCUUUUUGCCAUCUUGUUUGCAUACCAAUAAUCCGGGAGACAAACAGGUAGUGUUAGAUUUUUACAAUGCGUGUGCAAUGCAAAAAAUGGAGUACACUGUGGGUACAGGGCGGCACAGUGGUGCAGCAGUAGAGUUGCUGCCUUACAGCGCCAGAGACCCGGGUUUGAUCCUGACUAUGGGUGCUGUCCAUACGGAGUUUGUACAUUCGCCACGUGACCUGCGUUUGUUUGCUCCGGGAUCUCCGGUUUUCUCCCACACUCCAAAGACGUACAGGUUUGUAUGCUAAUUGGCUUGAUGUAAAUGUAAAUUGUCCCCAGUAGUCUGGCUGUAUUUUUAAUGUGGCGCCCACUGUGAGCUAGUGAUAGAAGAAGUUAAUGUUUAAGGUGGCUGAUGUGGUAUCAUCAUGUGGGCUGCUUUUACCAAGAUGAUGUUGAGCUUCUUCAGCACUUUUAUUAACUAUGGCAUUUGUGCACAUGGAGAAACAAAGAACUGCAAUUGCUGGUUAAUACCACAAAGAGACACAAAGUGCUGGAGUAACUCAGCGGGUCAGGCAGCAUCCCUGGUGAAAAACGAUGGAUGACGUUUUGGGUCCUGUCCCUGUAGAAGGGUCCCGACCUAAAGUGUCUCCCAUCCUUUCUCUCCAGAGAUGCUGCCUGACUCACUAAAUCUGUCAACAUGUCACCCUUUUCUGUAUGAUUUUUAACUUAUGAGUUGUCUUUCUCUUCCUUUUUUUCUUUUUAUUUCCUGAGGUAAGCUCCAAGAUACUGAAAGCUAUUUCUUGAUUGUUACACAAGGUUUUCUCUGGAUGAUUAUUGGUAUAUCUUUUUUAUUUGAUUGUGACAUUCUUUUGUUAUUAAGCUCUGGGCUGUAAUUUAUACAUGCGACAGUUGCUGCAGUAGUAGUAGUUGUAUAUAUUUUAUUUUGAACAUGUAAAACAAAAGUUAAAAACAAAGCAAAAUAACAAUAAAAUGAACAAUAAACAACUCAUUAAAUAACCUCAUAAACAUCACAAAUUAAAUCUUACAUGUUCGAAAAGGAGUAUACACUUAUUUAUUCCUACCCCUUCUCCGCUACUCAUCAAUUAAUUCACAAACUAUCUUAGAUACAUAUCAUCAUCAUUGGUGGUCACUCGAAACACGUAUGACUGUCUUCUCAUGGAGGAGGCCUGUGCGUGACUUUGUUUAAUGUGGGGAGACUGAUGCACAGACAGCCACCACACGGCCCUUGACAUCUACAUAUAUAUAUACACACAUACACUAACAUAUACAUACAUAUAUACACGCAUAUGCACCAUGCAAACAUACAUAUAUACUGUUUAUAAACAAUUAUCCAAAUUCUAUGUACAAUGCGAAUAUCACACUGUGUCAAUAAACUAAAACUUAACCACCAUCAUGGCCCUUCCUCAUUCUUAUACAUCUGGAAAACAAUUUCCAGAAAAAAUAAGUAGAAAAAAAGAAAACUUAAAUGAAAUCUAAAGGCUGUUCUGCAGGUUUGAUAAUAUGCUCCUGUCCCUCAGUUGCCCAUUAGUUGCACAAGACUUUGAACAUGCUGAUGGGCACCACAUGCUCCCACUCCAGGGACACUUUCCACGCUGUAAGACUCAAUGACACUCAGACCCAUAUGGAUGGAGAAGGACAGGCAGCUGGAAUGAACUAUUCCAUCGCCACCUCAUUGUUGUCCCUUACAGUUAACAACCAUAACUUUCCCAUUUUUAUUUAGUACUCUGUAUAAAAGUAAUUAAUUGGGAUUCAUAAUCUGGGUUUCAAUCUUGUGCAGAGUUCGAAAAAUGCAUUUAAGUUUCCACAUUUAAAAAUACCCGCUCCUUUUUAAAAAUCCGCGGCUAUUUAUAAUUCAUUUGAUCUUAUAUUUGGACAUGUAUCUGUCCGUAUGGUGAAGGACUUUCCGUGUGAGAAAGAGUGGAAUUUGCUUUUCUACAGUUCCCUUUUCUUGAUGGGGAACUGAGUUAAGUGAAGAAUGGGGAAGUUGAGGUUGCCCUGCUUGGAGUCUAAACCGUUAAUUUAACCUUGAAUGAAGGCAUUCAAAAUCAUGAGCGUUGCUGUAGAGAAACGGGUUCUAUAAAAUUGUUGAGGUUAAUGGCAUUAUUCUGCCCAUACUAACUAAUAAAGCGAUGCAGGGAAAAACACACUUUGCAGCUGCAGGUCAGCACAGUGGCGCAGCGGUAGAGCUGCUGCCUUACAGUGCUUGCAGCACGAGAGACACAGGUUCGAUCCCGACUACGAGCUCCCUGUGACCACGUGGGUUUACUCCGAGAUCUUCGGUUUCCUCCCGCACUCCAAAGACAUACAGGUUUGUAGGUUGAUUGGCUUACAUUUGUAUACUUGAUAUAAGUGUAUAUUGUCCCUAGUGUGUGUAGGCUUGUGUUAGUGUGCGGGGAUCGCUGGUCGGUGCGGACUCGGUUGUGCCAAAGGGCCUGCUUCUGCGCUGUAUCUCUAAUCUAAUCUAGUCUCUAUGUUGAUGUGUACCAUGAUGGCACUAAUCAAAGUUAUUUUUAAUUGGGAUUAGACUUUCUAUCUCCAUCACCCUUAUGAAGAAUGAGGUUCAGAUUCAUGCCAACCCUUGAACUCUUGAAACUUUCUCCAAAGUUACUGAUCCAUCUUCUGAGCGGGAGGGUCAUAGAGUCAGUGGUGCAGCAGUAGAGUUGCUGCCUUACAGUGCCAGAGACCAGGGUUCGAUUCUGACUAUGCCUGCCGUCUGUAUGGAGUCUGUACAUUUUCCCUGUGACCGUGUGGGUUUUCUCCGGGUGCUCCGGUCUCUCCCCACAUUCCAAAGACAUGCAGGUUUGUAGGUUAAUUGGCUUGGGUACAUUGUCCCUAUUGUGUAGGAUAGAACUUCAGAGAUGCAGCCUGUUACUGCAGCAUUUUGUGUCUCUCUCUUCGGAAGAAACUGUCUCUGAAUCUGGUGGUGUGUGUCUUCACACCUCUACACCUUCUGAACCAUUCUACCAACAGCCAGAGAGUAGUCAUGAACUACAAUCUACCUCUUUGGAGACCGAUUGGUCUCCAUCAUCACAGACUGGUGGAGAGGUUUGGAGGUGCAGGUGAAGUGGAAUAUAAACAACAGAAGGUUGCUGACAGGCUGUGCAGUGCCUGCGCCUUUAAAAGUUUUCCCGUUGCGUAGAGCUUCAUGAAUGAAGCCACAUGACAAAACAUCAUCUGACGUCUGGCCUCGGCACAAGCGCAAACAACGAGUGGGGGGAAAUUCCUUCAAUUGCAAAAGGGGGGAAGAACAGGCCCUUUGGCAGCUCGGGUCCGCUUCAAAGCCACGCCGAAGGAUCGGGGAGCUUCUCACGACUCGGUUUGCGUGAUUGAGUGUGCCGUGGUAUGACGACUACUAACAAGGGAAACAAGGCCUUAAAGGUUGUGUGUUUCAUUUUGCAAUAAUGAAAAUUGUGCCAAACUCCACCAAUAAUGCAGCAAGGGAGGCACGGUGGCGCAGCGGUAGAGUUGCUGCAUUACAGCGCCAGAGACCCGGGUUCGAUCCUGACUGCAGGCGCUGCCUGUACAGAGUUUAUACGUUCUCCCACAAGUGACCUGCGUGGGUUUUCUCCGGGUGCUCCGGUUUCCUCCCACACUCCAAAGACGUACAAGGUGAAGUGGGAGCCAGGUGAAAAUGGAGCCAGUCUCACAGAUCAGGAGCUUGUCUCUAUGUCCGUUCGAGAGCUGAACCAGCAUCUGAGGGGCCUGACAAAAGAGGAGAUCAUCCGGCUGAAGCAACGUCGCAGAACGCUCAAAAACCGUGGCUACGCGGCCAGCUGUCGGGUCAAGCGGGUCACUCAAAAGGAGGAACUGGAGAAGCAGAAAGCCGAACUUCAGCAGGAGGUGGAGAAGUUGGCGUCGGAGAACGCCAGUAUGAAAUUAGAGCUUGACGCCCUGCGGUCCAAGUACGAGGCCUUGCAGAGUUUCGCCAGGACCGUGGCCAGAGGACCCGUCAUGCCUGUUCGAAGUCCAAUCACCUCCGCCAUUGGCCCCAUUAUGCCAGGCAAAGUGGCUACCACAAGUGUCAUCACAAUAGUCAAAUCCAAAACCAAUGCAAGAUCUUAGUACAUACUGCUCUCGACAACGGCCAGAGCCAAACUAGUCUGUAGUAAAACUGGUUAAUCCAUAGUUAAACACAAGGUUUAUUUUUUAAAUGCUUCAUGCAUCUCCCCACCACCCUCCUCUGCCAAAAAUAAACAUUUCUCCAUAGGAGUACCCAUGUUAGUGGCAACCUGGUGAAUAUACAAAGCCUUAGUUAAAAUAGCCCACCUGUAUCGUCACAGCAAACAAAAGUUUUGGCUUGGCAGCACACGCUGAGAGCUUCAUUUUGCACACGUCUCCACAGGCCUCUAGUUCUAACUGAACAAAAAUGAAAAUAAUUAAAUAGUCAGAAUCUAUUGCACUACCCAAAUGAGUGCUGUACAUUUCUUCCCCUGACUGAAGCAGUGAGCCUCAUUUACUUUGAAUAUUUUGCCACGAUAAAAAAUUUCACAUGAUUCGGACCCAUCGAUUUUUUUGAUGUUCUCUUUUUGUCUGCUUUGGUUUGUAACUUGAGAAAACUUUACAAAACACCGAAACUUUUUUUUUUUUUUGCUGCACCUAAACGAAACGGCCUCAUAAUAUGUCUAAACAAUUGACAAAGUUGUGCAGUGCAUUGCUGAUCUAUCAGGUUUAGUUAGUACAGUGGGACGUGCAUUUAUUGGUGAUUUUAUUUUGCAUUGGAAACCUUGUGGCUAAUUUUGUGCAUUGACCAGUCAACAGCUUCUCAUAUUCAUGCACAUCUGAACACGGUGUACCGUAUCACCAUGGAGUAAGGUAGUUCAAAUGACCUGUUCAUAUGGUUAAGUAUUCCUUUCUAUUCACAUGUUACCAUUUCUAUAUUGACAAAUUUAUAGCUUAAGUAGAAUUUUGGAUUUUAAUUUAUAUAUUUUUUAAACAAAAAUUAUUGUAAUAUGAUGUACAAUCUAUAAAAUCCCAAAAUGGAGGAGGCGGAAUUAUCGUGUCCUUUUGUGACUACAAAAUCUAACAGCAAUAUUACAACUGCCUGCUACAAUCUAGAAUAUAAAUGGUCACUUGUACAAUUUCUGAAUCAUUUGAAAGGUGCAGUUUCAUAAUCAGCUCUGUUGAUAUAGAUACCUCACAUGGGCACCGUCUGAUUACUAAGCUUUUAAUUAAAAAAUAUAUUAUUAAGCAGCAAUGUACAUUUGAUGGCCAACUUGGUGGCAGAAAUUAAAAGCCUGGUAAAGUUUACACUUUUGCUGAUCUUAGCAAGAAAACGUUUCAUUAUCCAAUAGUUGAGUGUGUCUACAGUGUGGCAUUUAUAGCAAGGGGAAGGACAGAUUCCCACCAGUUCUAAGCGACCUCAUUUCCAAAUCGCGGUCCCUCUGUCCCAGCACUAAAUUGUUAUAUUUUGCCUCUUACACACGUCUUUGGCUGAAGUGGUAAUAGAAAAGCAGUAAUCCGAGCACCUGAAAACACUAUUACCUGUCCUUUAGGUUUUAACCUCUGAUUGUUGUGAUUCGUUGUUUGUUCCUGCGGACGAGAAUGACUAGCUGUUUCGCCUCUCACCCCCUUCCUCCUGUAAAUAACCGCUGAAUUGAACCUUUUGCUGAAAUUGCUUCUAAAGAGCAAGUGUGAGUAGAAGGGAUUGAUUAACCAUAUGAAUGAAAAUUUAUUCAGAGAAUCUUUGAUAGUAAAAGUUCUUCUUUAGUGUAUGUAUACAAAGUAUCUUUGUCAACAUGUAAGGGUAUUCGAGUUUAAUUUUUAUAAGUACACAGAUUAUCAUACAAUAUUUAUAUACAAAAAAUUCACAAAAAAAUGUUUAAUAGCUUUUACAGAUGUUUCUAGAGUGGCUUAUUGAAUUCAAUAGCUUUCUAGUGAAGCAGCGUGUUAAGUGAGUUCGGGGUGAUGUAUCUGUGAUGUGUUAAUAUGCAGGUUAGUGUUAUUUUACAGUUUAGUUCUGUAUUUAUUUGUGUGAGCACAAUGGGGUUUAUGUUGUGUGUGUGUGUGUAUGUUUUUUUUCCAUAUUUCCUCCACCUGCUGCACAAGUGAACUUUAAAAAAAUAAAAAAAAUAAAAAAUCCAACCAACUUUAAGGGUGGACCUCGAGUUUGGUUUGAUCAGCAAUCUUGGCUUCUGAAAUAUUCUUUGCCCCAUUUUCGCCCAAAUCACGAAUACCAAACUACAGCACUGCAUCUCUUCUUAACCAUUUAGAAACCUGAAUCCAUUCUGCAGUUUUCUUUAAAAAAUAUAUAUAUAAGGGUAAAUUUGUGAUGAAUCUUGAAUUCUCUGAAAGCUUCUUGGCUUGUACACUGCAGUGGUUUCCAAUAGGUAUCCCCUUUUGUUGUAUCUUCUGAACUUUGUACAUCCUUACUACCAACGCAAACUAAAGGAUUUCUUCUUUGGUUGAAUUGAAGUAAAAUGUAUAUUACAAAGAUUUGGAAAUGCAAAAUAUAUUUGGUGUCUCAUGUAAUUUUAUGUUGAUUGUGUAAACAAAGGUACUGUUCAAUUGUUGAACUGUUUUUGGAGUUACUCCGUGUUUGUUGUCAAAUGGCUAACCUAAUGUUUGAUCUGAAAUACAAAACUAUUUGGCUAAACUGC